GAGUCUUCGAAGCCUUAUUUGAUGCCGACCUGCGGUUUGUGCAGAGUGCGGCUGCAGCUUCCUUCGACUGGCAGCAGGUGAGCCAGCAGCAUGGCACCCCGCUGCAGGCCAUCGUUGCCGGCGCCAUCUUUGAUUUUGAUGAACCAGAGAGGAGAUUCGCGCAGCGAUUGGAGCUCUUGUCUUGGUGCGUAGGGCGAGGUGCUGAUCCAGAUCAGCAUGCAACGGAGAAGGCUGUUGGGAGGGUGUCAGUGGACGGUGCUGAGCUGAUACUGGCUGGGACGUCCGCUCAAUCCCUCAUACGCACAGUCUACUGCUUAUGCCAGCAAGACCUGAUCUCCGACAUGGACCCACAGUCCAUGCUGGUGUCCAGGCUGAAGACCAUGCAAAAGAGGAUGGCUGCUGCGGAGCGGCCAACAUGCCAUUCUGUGGUCGAUUCUGUCAUGAGCCACAUGUGGGAAGAGAUGUGUCGGGAGCCAGAUUUCGCUGACGUGGCUGUCCUGUCGCAGCCUGUGGGUCCUCUCGGGCUGCGCUGCCUCUUCCGAGCACACUCAGUGUUGCUUUGCCAUGCUUCGCCAGUCUUCAACGUGAUGUUGAAGCCAAACCACCAGGCAUGGCGAGAGAGUGACAAUCAUUGCAUCACCUUAGAUGAGUCGCCAGCGGCGGUCGAAGUCUUCUUAUCCAUGUUAUACAGCGGCUGCUUCCCGCACGCUGAUUGUGAUUGCGACGUCCUGAUCACAGUUGCCGAAAUGGCAGACAAGUACCAGGUGGACAAAAUUCUCCCAGGGCUUGCGGCCCAGAUCCGGCGCAGGAUCUCUGUUGAUAACUUUGCGAUGAUUUGUGCGUAUGCACAGAAGUACAGCUGUCUCACGCUCCUGAGUGACUGCGAGUCGUUUGUGCGUGAGAAGGCCCGGCUGGGUGAGAUACGACCAGACAUCCGGUGGCCCAACGCCACGAAUCAAACCAUGGAUUUUAUCGAAGAGACGCUGAACUUGUACGCAUUAGCCAUGAAGAGCCGUACUUUGUGA